CAAAAGGGUAUUAGUGCAAUUAACCCAAAACUUAUCUACAUGUUCCAAAUCUAAAACGAAGUCCAAACUCUAAAGUAAUUGUUUUGUUAAUCUUUCAGUUUGAUCCUGACAGGCCUGUCUCCUUACCUUUACCAACCCAGGCGGCCUUAUACCUUCUAUAGAUUUCCCAGUUCCAGAUUUUCCUCGUUUUUCAGUCGCAGGUAUAGAACAAUAUGUAUCUACAGGGCGAAGGCAAAUAAGGGGAGAUCUGUGAAUGAUUCUAGCAAGGAAGCAGAUAUUUAUCUAAAUUAUCUCCGUAUUAUAGAGCAAAAGUAUCUCUAUUGAUUAGGCAUAUAUCUAGCAUAGAUCAACUUGUAUAAACUGAAUAUCGAAUGAGGAGCGGCAUAGACAUCAUUAAGAUGAGGAAGUGGGCUCGGCGUCCCUCUUCUUUUAAGCAACGGAAACAGAAGAGAAAAAACCAUAUGAAAGAUCGAAUUGUCCAGAGAAAAGAGCAUAUGACGGAUCAAAUUAAUCGAUUGCCAGACGAAAUCCUCAUUGCCAUCCUGUCUCUUUUGACCCUUAAGGAAGCAGCAUGUACUAGUAUUCUCUCCCGCAGAUGGAGAUAUUUAUGGAGAUAUAUAACUGGUAGUUUGAACUUCGAUUCAAAGACAUUACGAGCUCCUGCAGAGGAUACUUCAUCAGUUGAACUCGAAAGGCUUAGAUAUGUAAGUUGGGUGAAUGAUGUCUUGAAAUUGCAUCGCGGCACCUGUAUAGACGAAAUGAAGAUUUCUUUUGAUUUCCAAUCGCAUUACCCUCGCGACAUCAGUGAUUGGAUUAAGUUUGCAAUGGAAAAGGGUGUCCAAAGGUUCGAAUUGGAUGUUUCGCUUGGCACAUGGACCUGUUUUUAUCAAUCUUACGAUUUUCCAAGCAUGGAAAAGUUCAAAAUCUUACCGAGUUCAAACACCCUGAAAUACAGGACUUCACAUGGUCAUCAUGUGUCACGGACUGUUGGUUCUUCUGGCUUUCGUUCCCUAACAGCCCUUCGUUUGGUUAGUGUUAAUAUCAAGGAGGAGGUGUUGGAGAAUUUCCUAUCCAACUGUCCAUUUCUUGAACAAUUAUGUGUGGUGGGUUCAAUAUGUUUAGUGAAUCUAAAAAUUGCUGGCCCAUCACUCAAAUUGAAGUGCUUAGAGAUAUGUAACUGCCAGAAAUUGGAAAAUCUGGAAGUUUCUGCCAUAAAUCUUGUUUCAUUCACAUACAUUGGACCAGAUACAAGUGUGACUUUCAGAAACGUUCCUCUUCUCUCUGAGCUAUCAAUUGGGGGAGAAUACCAUUCAUCCGUUGUUUCUGGAUCCUGGAAGCAUUCCAGCUAUUUUCCUCAAAUAAAAAAGCUUAAGUUAAUUUUGUCUACUGAGGACUUAAUUAGGAUGCCCAUUUGUUUGCCGGAGCUAUCUAAUGUCAAGCAAGUGGAAUUGGUUAUCAGAGGACCUGCAGGUCGCAGCCUUAUUUGCUGCACUUCUGUGAUUAAGGCGUCUCCCAAUUUGUCUAAGUUUUCUGUUUGGCUGAAUCUAUAUCCAAUAUCCAGAGAGACACUGAAUAUUAGACAGGAGAUUGACAAGUUAAUGUCUUGGGAUGGAGCAAGUGCGGAUAAUUAUGAAAAAAAGUACACUAAAUGUCAUCAUCAAUGCCUCAAGGUGGUGGAAUUGGUUGGGUUUGUUGGGAGUAGAAAGGAAAUUGAUCUUCUUUUGCACUUAAUUGAGAUUGCCGCAUCACUUGAGAAGAUAAUUAUUGACCCUCGUCCUACCUUUUAUCCUGCCAAGAUAAUGGAACCUGCUAGAAAGCGUGCCGAGUGGCUAAAAACAAGAUUACCUGCAACUAUUGAAUUAGUGAUUCUUUAGUUUGAAAUUAUCGUGUUCCAUCCAGGGAGGAUAUUCUUUGUGGACACAUCCGUAGUCAGGCGGUGACUCUGAACUGUAUUAAUAAUAUUUAUAUAUUUAUUGUUGU